AAUAUAGCUAGAGGAGAAGUUUGCAUCAUAAUUCAGAAGAGAAAGAAAAAGAAAAGUAAAAAGAAUAAACACUAGCUAUAUCUCUAUUUAUAGAACUGUGACCUUGCUUAACAUCACUGAGUCCAUAACCAUGACUUCCGAGAAGGUUGAGACCAUUGUGGCCGGAAAUUAUGUCGAAAUGGACAGAGAAGAGGAAAAUUCAAGCACUUCUAAAAGCAAAUUAUCGAGAUUUUUCUGGCACGGUGGCUCUGUUUAUGAUGCAUGGUUUAGUUGCUCUUCGAAUCAGGUUGCUCAAGUGCUUCUCACGCUGCCUUACUCAUUUUCGCAACUAGGAAUGUUGUCAGGAAUAAUUUUCCAGCUCUUCUAUGGCUUGUUGGGAAGCUGGACUGCUUACCUUAUAAGUGUGCUUUAUGUGGAGUACAGAACUCGAAAGGAACGAGAGAAGGUUGAUUUCAGGAACCAUGUCAUUCAGUGGUUUGAAGUUCUUGAUGGACUACUGGGAAAGCACUGGAGAAACAUAGGCCUGUUUUUCAAUUGCACUUUUCUGCUAUUUGGCUCUGUUAUUCAACUGAUUGCCUGUGCAAGUAAUAUCUACUACAUAAACGAUAACCUUGACAAGAGAACAUGGACAUACAUCUUUGGAGCUUGCUGUGCCACAACUGUGUUCAUUCCUUCAUUUCAUAAUUACAGAAUUUGGUCAUUUUUAGGACUGCUCAUGACAACUUACACUGCAUGGUAUCUCACCAUUGCUUCUUUACACCAUGGACAGGUUGAAGGGGUGAAGCACUCAGGUCCAUCCACUAUGGUUCUAUACUUCACUGGGGCAACAAACAUUCUUUACACCUUUGGUGGGCAUGCUGUGACUGUGGAGAUAAUGCACGCAAUGUGGAAGCCCCAAAAGUUCAAAACCAUAUACUUAUUCGCGACACUCUAUGUUCUUACCCUAACCUUACCAUCCGCUAGCGCGGUUUACUGGGCUUUUGGUGAUCUGCUCCUCAACCAUUCCAAUGCUUUUGCUCUGCUCCCAAGAACUGGAUUUAGAGACACUGCUGUUAUUCUCAUGCUCAUUCAUCAGUUCAUCACAUUUGGAUUUGCAUGCACCCCACUAUACUUUGUAUGGGAGAAAUUCAUUGGAAUGCACAACACAAAAAGCCUGUACAGAAGAGCUCUUGCAAGACUUCCCGUGGUUAUUCCCAUAUGGUUUCUUGCCAUUAUUUUCCCCUUCUUUGGCCCCAUCAACUCCACUGUGGGAUCUCUGCUUGUCAGCUUCACAGUUUACAUUAUCCCUGCCCUGGCUCAUAUGAUCACAUUCUCUUCCCCUUCAGCCAGAGAGAAUGCAAUAGAGAGACCCCCAUCAUUCUUAGGGGGGUGGGGAGGAUCAUUCUCCAUAAACAUCUUUGUGGUGGGAUGGGUUUUAGUUGUAGGUUUCGGAUUCGGAGGAUGGGCAAGUAUGGUUAAUUUUGUUCAUCAAAUCAAGACAUUUGGUGUCUUCACCAAGUGCUAUCAAUGCCCUCCCCACAAAGCUUGAAGAAAUUGACUACAUGAUUGUUUUUGAUUAUAUAGUUUAUAUUACAUGACAACUAUAAGUGUGUAAAAAGAGUGGAAUUUGUAACCUUUUCUUUUUCUUUCAGAUUUUGGUUUCUCUUUGUAUCGUAAAAGCUUUUGUAGCAUAUGCGUGUGCUUGAAUCCUGUAACUAAGAACUGUAGCUCCCUCUUUUGGAGGAUAUAUUUGAUAGCAGAUUAAUUUUAACAA